GCUUUCUUUCGAUAUGGAUUUGGCUGAUAGAGACGGGAAUGCGACCAGUAGCGAGCUCCUCCAAGCUCAUGCUCACAUAUGGAACCACGUAUUUAGCUACAUCACGUCAUUGUGCCUAAAGUCUGCCCUUCAGCUAGGCAUACCUGACCUAAUCCACAACCACGGCCAACCCAUGACCCUCCUCGAACUCGUCUCCGCCCUCCAUAUCCAUCCCACCAAAGCUAACUGCAUUCAUCGCCUCAUGCGCAUCCUUGUCCACUCCGGCUUCUUCGAGCUAGGGGACCUCGAAGAUGCGGCGGGUGGCCAAAGCGGGUAUACGCUCACCCUUGCGUCCCGAGUCCUCCUGAAGGACAACCCCUCAAGCGCAGCGCCCUUCGUGCUCUGCACAUUGCAUCCUUUCUACAUGGCGCCGUGGCAGCACCUGAACGAGUGGUUGGGGGGCGGAGAAGGUGUCACCCCGACCAUGUUCGAGAUGGCGCACGGCGGGCCCAUGUAUGAGGUUCUGAGAUGCAACCCUGAGGCCAACGGCUUGUUCAACCAGGGGUUGGAUAACGACUCGAGACUGAUAGCCAAGGUCGUGGUGGAAACAUGUGAGGGAGUGUUCGAUGGGCUGAGCUCGGUGGUCGACGUGGGAGGUGGGUCGGGGACGAUGGGGAAGGCCAUUGUGGACGCGUUCCCCCACUUGGAAUGCACGGUGUUGGAUCUGCCGCACGUGGUGGAUGGUUCGGUCGGAAGUGAGAGGUUGAAGUUUGUUGGAGGUGACAUGUUUGUGGAGAUUCCCCCGGCCGAUGCAAUCUUACUCAAGUGGAUAUUGCACAAUUGGAGCGACGAAAAGUGCAUCGAGAUAUUGAAGCGAAGCAAAGAAGCGGUAUCGGGUCGAGGAAAGGGCGGGAAGGUGAUUAUAAUCGAUAUUGUAGUAGGGAAUCACCCAAACGAUCAUAAAUCCACGGAAACUCAACUCUUUUGGGACAUGUUGAUGAUGGUGCACCUCAAUGCGAAAGAAAAGAGUGAAAGGGAAUGGGAAAAGUUGUUUGUUGAUGCUGGCUUCAGCGGUUAUAAGAUAAUCUCUCACCUAGGCUUGCGAUCCCUCAUUGAGGUUUAUCCUUGA